CAAACCAUCUGUAAAUUUCAUUCAUAAUUGGAAAGCCUCCUCCUCUUCCUUUGACAACUGCUAUAUUUCUCGCGAUAGAUGCAAAACAACCACGAGAAAUCAAUCGUCUGGGUCAUCGUUAUCUGACAGCACUAUGCAAAUUGCAAGCAGUUAUUUUUCUGCAUUCGCGAAACACGGUGUCCAUCUCCGACUGGAGUAUCAAAUCGUUCUGUUAUUCUUCGAAUAAACAAAAUAAUUGCAUGAAUUAAAUAGAGCUGCGCAGUAAUCGCUGGAAAACGAAGAGGAUCUAACGUUUGUAAGUUUCAGUGAAAUCAACGACGAUGACCACGUUCAAGGGACGUUUAUUGUUGACCGUGUUAGUUUUGGCCACUGCUGGCAAGUGUAACGAACUGGUGGACAAGGAAUGGUGGGAAACCGCGUUGGUUUAUCAAAUCUGGCCAAGAGGAUUCCAGGAUAGCAACGGAGAUGGUGAGGGUGACUUGAAGGGUAUUAUCAAACGUCUUGAUUACCUUCAAGAUCUUGGCAUCGACACGAUUUGGUUAAAUCCAGUUUAUCCGUCGCCACUGAUUGAUUCUGGUUACGAUAUUUCCAAUUACACCGACAUAAAUCCUGUUUUUGGUAAUCUCGAGCAUUUUGAUGAAUUCGUAGGAAAAGCACAUGAACGUGACUUAAAAGUUAUAUUGGAUGUGGUACCAAAUCAUUCUAGUAAUGAACACGAAUGGUUUCUGCAAUCGAGUAAAAAUGUUUUGCCAUACAAGGAUUACUACAUUUGGGCAGAUGGAACGAAAGAUGCUGAGGGCAAAAACAUACCACCUAAUAAUUGGGUGAGUACCUACAGUGACAAAAAUGGAUCUGCAUGGACAUGGCAUGAUGUACGACAACAGUGGUAUUAUCACAAAUUUCAUCGAUCCCAGCCUGAUCUCAAUUUGAGAAAUGAAAAUGUGAUUCAAGAAUUAUUGAAUGUUUUUAACUUCUGGUUGAAAAGAGGAGUUGAUGGUUUUCGAAUCAAUGCAGUAUCGUAUUUCUUUGAGGACCUAGAGUUAAGGGAUGAACCUGAUUUAGAAAAUAGAACCUUCACAACUGGAUUACCAGAAAAUACAGCUCUUCUGUAUACAUUUAGGUCAUAUAUCAAUGACUGGGUAGAAAAAAACAAUGCUAGUUCAAAAUUAUUGGUUGCUGAAUCUUAUGAUUCUGAUGAAGUAUUGAUUUCAUUGUAUGGUAAUGAUACUCACCAAGGAAUACCACCUUAUAAUUUUCGUUUCAUAAAAAAUAUUCAAAAUACAAGUACUGCAGAACAUGUUAAAAAUGUUCUACAGGAUUGGUUUGAAAAACUUCCAAAUAAUGCCAGCACAAAUUGGGUGCUUUCUAAUCAUGAUAAUUCAAGAGCAGCUUCAAGGAUUGGACUAAACCGUGUUGAUGGACUUCACAUGCUCAAUUUACUAUUACCUGGUCAGGCAUUCACUUAUUAUGGAGAAGAGAUUGCAAUGUUGGACAGAAAGAUGUCAUGGAAUGAAACAAUUGAUCCUAUGGGUCGUUCAAGGACAAACAAAACAUACGAAAAUUAUUCCAGAGACCCUGCAAGAACACCAAUGCAAUGGAACUCUGAUACAUCUGCAGGAUUUUCAACCAAUAAGACUACAUAUCUUCCUGUUCAUUCAGAGUACCCAGAUAGGAAUGUUGAAACACAACAAAAUGAGACACAGAGCAACUUAAAUACCUAUAAGGCUCUUGCUGCUCUUAGAAAAGAUAAAAUUUUUACUCAUGGACAAUAUGAAUUUCAAACUUUAAAUAAUGACCAUGUAUUUGUUUUAAAAAGGUUUUUGGAGAAUUCCUCAGUGUAUAUAGUGGUCAUAAAUCUGGGUCUUCGGCAGGAAAGAGUUAAUUUAACGUCAUUGUAUCCCGACCUAGAAGAUUCUAUGGAAAUCGCUGUUGCUUCCAGUAACGCAAUUAACAUGCCGGAAGUGAUUUCAGCAAGCAACUUCGUGCUCACUGCCAAUGCGGCAUUGGUAUUAAAGGGCGAGGAGAACAAUUCACGUAUUGAAACAUCUACUACAAUUCCAGAAUCAAACUCCACGAAUACUAGUUCUGCUGCUACAUUCGAAUCAAUAUUACAGUUAACAAUAAGUACAAUUAUCAUGACACUAUUGUUCAGAUAUUGAAAAUUUUUAUUUUCAUUUUCUUACAUUAAAAGCUGCCAUUUGCUAAAAACAUUAAA